CACAUUCUCUUCUUGAGUUUUCGUAGCUAGCUUGGGCUGUACGUGUUACCAAACUCCAAAUCAAUGGCAAGUAGUAGUUCUUCUGCAGGAGGUGACAAGGUGAAUAAGCUGGUGACCAUCCUGAGCAUCGAUGGCGGCGGUGUGAGAGGGAUCAUCCCAGCCACCGUCCUCGCCUUCCUUGAGAAGGAGCUCCAGAAACUGGACGGGCCGGAUGCUCGGAUCGCGGAUUACUUCGACGUGGUCGCCGGCACCAGCACCGGUGGCCUUUUGACGGUGAUGCUCACGGCGCCGGACAAGGAUGGACGGCCGCUGUUCGAUGCCAAGGAUCUGGCAAAGUUCUAAAUCGACGAGUCGCCCAAAAUCUUCCCACAGAAGGACUCAAUCUUCUCCAAGAUCGGCACAGCUCUGGGGAUGGUGACCGGGCCCAAGUACAAUGGCAAGUACCUCCAAUCGUUGCUCCGUCGGCACCUCGGCGACACCAAGCUGGACGGGGCUCUCACCAGCGUGGUGAUCCCGGCCUUCGAUAUCACCCACCUGCAACCCACCAUCUUCUCCAGCUACCACCAGCUGAAGAACCAGCCAGCGAAGAACGCGCUCCUGUCAGACAUCGCCAUUGGCACCUCCGCCGCACCCACCUUCUUCCCGGCGCAUUACUUUGAGACCGAAGACGGCAAGGGCGGCACAAGGGCCUUCAACCUCAUUGACGGCGGCGUCGCCGCCAACAACCCUACACUAUGCGCGAUGAGCCAUGUGGCAGAGGACAUCAUCGUGGCUGGGAACGGUGACUUGCUUGGGAAGUCAUACAUGGUCAUCUCCAUCGGCUGCGGGACGUCUUCAAAUCCAAAAGGCAAGUAUAGUGCUAAGGACACCGCCCAGUGGGGCAUCCUGGACUGGAUCCUCAAGGGCAGCACCGUCCCGAUCCUCGACAUGUUCAACGCGGCUAGCGGCGACAUGGUCGACAUCCACCUCUCCAUCCUCUCCGCCGCCCUCGGCUCCUCCCAUCAAUACCUGCGUAUCCAGGUACCUACCCACCUACCUAUUAUACCCAAAAAAGAAAACAUAACAAUGAGUGGCCUAUUGUGGUAAUUUAAAGAGAGUACUGCCUGGCCUCUGCAUCAAUUGAUGUACACAACAAUUAUCUGCUACGGUCAACUAAGCGGAAGCGCAGGCUCAAUCGACGACUGCUCCAAAGCUAACUUGGAUAAGCUGGUGGAGAUUGGGAAUGAGCUUCUCGGGAAGAAGGUAUCUCAGGUGGACCUAGAGACAUGCCAGAAUGUGGAGGUACCCGACGAGGGUACCAACGCGGAGCAACUAGCUAAGUUUGCAAAGCAGCUCUCCCAUGAGAGGCGUCGCCGUCACAACGAACUAGCAACUACACAGACCUAGUGUGUUUCAUUUUUUUCAUCUAAUUUGGUGCAUGUAUAUGCAUGCAUGUUUUUUCCAUUAUGUUUUAUAUGUUCAUAUAGUAAAUCCUACUGUACGGUGGUGCUAUAAUAUAGUUUUGUGCAUAUUACAGAAGAUUUGUUGAAGGCGUUGUA